GCAGUGUCAGUAGUGCGAAGUCCGAGCGAGACGGGGCUAGCAUUUGAGUAUGAGGCUGCGCUGCUCAGGCCUGGGUGUGAGUGAGAGUGGGGUAAACAGGUCGAGUCGAGUCGGGUCGGGUCGCGUACCUUUUGCACUGACUGUUCUAGGCAGUCAGGCACAAGAAGGCCUUUUGAAUAGUAGCAGUGCGCGGUGCUGUCUGUGUGCGCCUCGUUUUUUGUGUGAACCGUGAUUUUUCUGUGCACUGUGAGAGAUUCGUGCGACGGCAGGCAGGAGAGUGCAUGUAGUAGAGUGUAACUUUCUAUCCGGCUGACGCAUCUGCAAUCUUCCGCUAGCUGGCCUGCGGCGACGGCUUAUCAGCAGCGAAACUAUUGCGAAAUCCUUAUUUUUUGGGACAUUCGCUUUUCUUUGGUUCGCUUCUAUUUUCGUUACCCGGAACGUUAUCGGAACCCGUAUUAAUCGGACGUGACACGAACCGUGACACUUGAAGUGAUAGUCGCGCGGAUAAACCGCGAUCAUCGAACCGGCUACCACGAUCGCGAGUGAUGGUGUGAAAUAUUUCAUCCGAAACAUUUCGUGAUUGAUGCAUUUCGGCCACGUGAUUUGGUAGUGAUUCUGUACGAAGUGAUAUCAUUGAAGCAGAGAGAAGACUUCGCAAGCAAGCGAGAAGAAGCAACAGUAGAAUACUGAAAUUGUUUAUGAUUGCAUUUGGAAAACAACGCCGAUUGUGGAAAUAAAUAUGAUUGUUGUGGGUUUGUGAUAAGAACGAGCUGCUGGUUCUGAUUUUGUUUGUUUUCGAAUUGGUUCGCGUCUUUGUUUUCUCAGUUUUCUGUGCUAAACGAGAGUGAAUUCCGGAACAGUUGGCAAACAACGCGUGCGACGAUUUUCAACGAACUUCGGUGAUUUAAGCAGGAAAAAUUUUCCUCGAUAGCGUAGGCCCCGAUUGUGGGGCCAAAACCGGUAGCAAUAUUAUUACCCACAACUCGCUCAGCAUGUACGGAGGAGGUGUCCUGUGUCCGUCGCCGUCGACGGCGACUGGAUUCUACAAUCCUCGCGGCCAGGGUUCCGAGAUUGGAGCUCUCGAGCUAGGCUUCCCCCGGGGGAUGGCCUUGGUACCUCCUCCUCCACACGGUGCGUGGCGAGAUCCGACCGGUCUCGGAUCUCACCUGCCCGUAUCCAGCACCAGUGAGGACAUUACGACCCUCGGCGGUGGUAAUGCCCCACCCACCGUUUCCUCGAUGCAAUCAAACACAUCGAUCGAUAAGAAAGAUUUCAUAUCAUCUGCCGCGACGGCUGGCGGGAACGGAUCCCAACACGGCAGCCUAGCAGUCUCCCAGCACACUUCCGUCGACAAAAAGGAGUUCCUGUCGCUACAGCAGAGUACGACUCCCGGCUCUCAGAGUAUGAACUCCCAGAACGGCAGCCAACAGGACAUCAAAAAUCAAAAUAUCGAAUGCGUCGUCUGCGGUGACAAAAGCUCCGGCAAACACUACGGACAGUUCACAUGCGAAGGUUGCAAAUCGUUCUUCAAGCGGUCGGUCCGACGGAACCUCACCUACUCGUGUCGGGGCAAUCGCAACUGCCCGAUCGACCAGCACCACCGGAAUCAGUGUCAAUUCUGUCGUCUACGAAAGUGCCUCAAAAUGGGAAUGCGACGCGAAGCCGUGCAACGAGGUCGCGUUCCACCAUCGCAACCGCCGGGCCUCCCCUACGGCCAAUACUCGAUACCAAACGGAGACGCUGUUACCGGUUUCAAUGGGCACUCGUAUCUUAGUUCCUACAUCUCGCUACUGCUCCGGGCGGAACCUUACCCCACCUCUCGGUAUGGGCAGUGCAUGCAGACGAAUAACAUCAUGGGCAUCGACAAUAUCUGUGAGCUGGCAGCACGGUUACUGUUUUCUGCCGUUGAGUGGGCCCGAAAUAUACCCUUCUUUCCGGAUCUCCAAGUGACGGACCAAGUCGCGCUACUGAGGCUUGUGUGGUCUGAACUGUUCGUACUAAACGCGUCCCAGUGCUCGAUGCCACUACACGUGGCGCCUCUGCUGGCAGCUGCCGGCCUCCACGCAUCACCCAUGGCCGCCGAUCGUGUGGUCGCCUUCAUGGACCAUAUCCGGAUAUUCCAGGAACAGGUUGAGAAGCUGAAGGCUCUGCACGUUGACUCUGCUGAGUAUUCCUGUCUGAAAGCAAUAGUCCUAUUCACAACAGGUAAAAUGCUGGACUAUCUCUUCGGAGAUGUCCACGCACUGCUUGCAAAAAUCAGCUCCACACUCCAAACCCUGCAGUCCGAAUCCGAUGUCAUCCAUCUGGUGCAGAUGCAAAUGUACCAUCUCUCCUCCCAACUACCCACUAAUACCACUAACAAUAGUAGUUUAUCGCCAAAUACUUCCAUAAACACUACCAAUAGCAGCAGCGGGAACUCCUCGCUCAACAACAUGUCCGGGUCGUCCUCGACUGGAUCGCUAACGGUGGCGGUUUCACAGAAAGCCCCAACUUCGCUGGCGUCGCCCUCGGUAACAACGACUGCGGCCUCCGCCAACGAAGCCACGGCCACCGUUAGCUCCAGCAGUUCGACGACUCCGCUAAACAACAACGAUCUCAAAACCGCCAACAACAAUCUACCUCAAGUCAGUGAAUCUGGCUGCACUGGAACGGCAGGUAACUCACUUAUGGCAGCCGGUGUGGGUGCCCUUUUUGGCAGUAGUGCACAGUCGAAGACCCCGCCCCUGCCGGCUUCACUGUUUAGCUUCCAAGCGACCCCCAACCGAUCCUACCACGGAACGCUCGACGACUUUGUCAAUCUGAGCAGCAGCAGUCCGUACGGCGUCGGUUCGUCCCCAUUCGGGGCGGCGGCCGGUUUCGGUUCCGGGGGAAUUUUCAGCCCGUACGCAAACGGUAGCCUGCAGGGACCGGUCGGGGCCAAGUAUCUUAACAGUAGUGCCGAGUACAAAUUUUCCCCGUACAGUCCCUGGAGUAGACGAUAGAUCUUAGCGAUAGACCAAAGUGCCGGUGUUAUGACGGUUCGAUUGGUAGCACUUGAAGCGUUGUAAUACUAGUUACCAAAAUUAGCUGUAAUCGUUGUAAUUUAUUCUGUACAAAGUGAUUAUCUAGUAUCGUAUUAUUUAUUGGUGUAUUUAUUUAACUUAUUCGUUAUGUUUAGUUAGAAGUAGUUGGUCAUGGACGAAAUGUACUGAGCCAAAAUGCAAGACAAAAUAAAUCAUUGAGUUUGUUUCACCGAAACCAUAA